AAUCACUUUUUAAACGUGUCUGCACUUUUUUUUAAGUUGUCUUUUGACAAAAUUGCAAACUUAAACGCAUAAGACAGUAUUUCCAGUCACGGCCACUUGGCUCCGGAAGGAUUAAGCAAUCACAACCGGGUCAUCCCGAGUAUUUCGUGUAGACGGCUGACACAGUACAAUGUUACUCCUUCAACAUGUCAGUCUGUUAUCUUGCCUUGCAGGACGAUACCAGCUCAGACGUUUAUUAGGGAAGUGGCACCGCAGCACGCUCGUCUUCCGGACAUCGGCCUGUGCUACCCACCUGCGUCACGGCUCUUUCGCUGCUUCGGCAAUGGAAGAAGUUUUAAGAAGGACGGUCGUGCCUUUACCUGCCUAUGAAAUCCAAGGCAAAUCCCCUCCUGUACCCGAGUCAAACAGUAUGGAGUUUAUCAACUUUUACAGAAGCCUGGAAACAUCGCAAAAGGUGGCGUUUCUAGAGAAGCUCUCCCAGGAGUUCGGAGUGGAUCACCAGACAGUGGCAGAGCUAGCAUUAAAGUUGGUGGACUCCCAGAAGAGAGACGCGGCGACCGUGCUGCAGGCGGAGGACAGGCUGAGGUACUACCUCACACCCCGCUACCUAGCGCUGUUUGGGCACAUCAGCAGGGUGGAAGGAGGAAUGAAGUUUUUGCUGGACAUGAGAGGGGAUGUCAUUGAGGCCUUGGCCGCUAAAGCCACAGACAGUCCGCACAUCCGGGGCCUGAAUGCCACUUUGAAAAUCAUGCUAUCAGAGUGGUUUUCUGUUGGAUUGCUGAAACUUGAGAGAAUCACAUGGAAAUCCCCUUGCGAGCUGCUUCAGAAAAUUAGUCAAUAUGAGGCUGUUCAUCCAGUAAGAAAUUGGACUGACAUUAAACAUAGAGUAGGGCCUUACAGAAGAUGUUAUGCCUUCACCAAUGGGGCAAUGCCAGGAGAACCUUUAGUGUUUUUGCAUGUAGCUCUCACAGAGGAGAUCUCAGACAAUAUUCAGACAAUUUUCGGAGGACGUACUUCUCAGGAGUUAACAGAGGAUGAAAAUAAAAUUAAAGCAGCUGUCUUCUACUCCAUUUCUUCCACCCAAGUUGGACUUCAAGGUGUAGAACUUGGGAAUUACCUCAUUAAGCGGGUUGUCCGUGAACUCCAGAGUGAAUUUCCUUCCUUGGAUCAAUUUUCAAGCUUGUCUCCUAUACCUGGCUUUACAGUGUGGCUGCUUGGUCUUUUGAAUCAACAAAGGAAUGAUGGAAGACGCAGUAAGAUACUGAUGGACACCGAGUGGCAAGAGAUUGAAAGACUUGUUGGGAGUCCUGCUCCUGAAAGACUUCGCAAACUGCUCAGCACGAACGAAUGGGUGCGCUCUGAACAGCUCAUGGAUAUCCUUAAACCGAUACUCAUGCGAUUGUGCAGCUGGUACCUCUAUGGGGAGAAACAUCGUAGCUAUGCUUUAAAUCAGGUAGCAAAUUUUCACCUGCAAAAUGGAGCUACUAUGUGGAGGUUAAACUGGAAAGCAGAUAUGAGUCCUCGUGGUAUAUCAUCUUCUUGUGGGAUGAUGGUGAAUUAUCGCUAUUUUCUUCAAGAUAUAGGUGCAAAUAGCACAAAAUAUCUCAGGACAAAAGUUAUUGAAGUUUCUGAACAGGUUUUGAAUUUGGUUUCACAAUUUCAAAAGAACAGCAAGCUUUAGGUAAUACUGCCAGGUCCAUUAGGCACAUUGGUGAAACUUUUGAAUAUUUCCAUAUUAACUGAAUUACUGUUUCUGUGAAUUUAUUUCAUGUAUGUGGUACAAUGGCUGUUUUUUUUUCCCAAACAGAUAGUAACUUCACAUCUACCAAAAAAAAAAUACACUUCAGAAAUGAAUAUGACAAAUUGUGUUUGUGAGGGUGGCUCAGAAAAAGUCUAUUGAAUACCAGCUAUGAAGCCACAGGGCUCCCAUCAGCCUUUAGCAAUUCAGUGUGGCAACGCCUCAGCAGUUCUUUUUAUAUCUUUUAACAACCUUGCACACUGUAAGUGUUCUGAGUCACUCAUGGUUGACUUACAUUCAUUGUUGGCCUUUGAUGAUGCUGUCCUGUGUUCAGAUUUCUAUACUUUUAUCACCUCAGUGACUGCUGCCUUUGAAAAAAUAGGUCAUUUAGUAUUAAAUACUGAGGCAGCUGCCUAUCAGGUUUUAACACUUAUUUUGAAGACAUGUUAACUCUUCACCUGGUCAAGAGGUAAAUUACAGCAAGCUGCCCCAUAUCCAGUAGUGCUGUAUGUGAAAUACGGACAUAGAAGAUUGCGCAUUUACAUAUGGUAUAUAAAAGUGCUACAGAUAAACAUAAUGGGGGAAAUUGCACAAUAUGUGGCUUAGCUACGAAGAGUUCAAACACUGUUGAUAAACGCAUUCGAAACCUUAUUAUUGUGUCCCUGGAGCUACCGUUUAAACUGCACAUAUUAACUUGUCUUUGUACUCAUUUCAAUUUGUUUUUACUGUAGUACACUUUACAUAAGACAGACUCAAGCAUUGCCCACAUUUACAAUACAGUUUCAUGGAUUUUUUUUCUUGUUCUGUAUGAAAAUAUAUACCUACAGUAUGUAUUUCCCAUUUAUUAGCACACAGCACUAUACACAAAUAAUACAUAAAAAAUUGCUUUCAAGAUUAAAAUACCAUGGUAUAUCCACAUACAAAAAUAAAGAUUUCUAUUGUUUUUUUUUUUAUAUAUAUAUGAAUUAGGUUGUUAAAGACCCAAAUAGUAUUACAUUGGAAAAAAAAAUGUAGAUAUAUUAAGCUAAGGGUUAGGGUCAGAAAGAACAGUGAAGACAAAAUAUCAGACUGAAGUAAGUCCUGUAAGAUUAGAAGGUCACAAAGCCAUUUGUAACUCUCUAUUGGAGACAUUAGAAUCAGUUCUGAACCUACCUGUAAAGAAAUGUUUGGAUCUUAGAAUUAUUUGAUUGUUGAAACAGUAUUUUGAAUUAUCUAAAUAGUACUAAUAGAGUGAUUUUAACAGCCUGACAAAUCUUUUCUAUAUCCUACUUGUAUUAAAAGUAGUAACAAUUUUGCAGUACUACAUUGCUAAGUUGUAGAAAGGUUGUCUUACUAUGGAAAUGUAACAAAGUUUCCUAAAGUCAAAGGAAAGAGCAAAAUUUCAUAUGAAUUCAUCCAGUUCAAGGAAUUUGAAUUAAAAGUUAUUUGUAUUAUCUUGCUUUUAACUGAAAGAACUGUUUCUUUCAGACGAAUAAUUUCUACUUGUCACCAUAUUAAAAUAGUUAAUAAACAAUAUAUUAUUUUGAUAUAUAUGGUAGAGUGUUAUUGACAUGAGAUAUCAAAUCAAUAAUAUGUUUCAAAAUAAUUUAUCCUAAUGGUGACAUACAGUAUAAAGAGGAAAAUUAAGCUUUGAUCCCAGUAGUGAACAGUGUAAUAUACCUACUACUACAGAGAGAAAUUAGUGAGUAGUCUUAUGAAAUUACUGCAUAUUUUGAAAACUUUUAUCAGUAUGAAGUAAAACAGUGCCUGAAAGUCCAACUAAAUUCUCAAACCUGUAUAAUAAAAUUCUGUCCUUCAGUCAAAAGGAUGAAGAGCUGUGUCAUUUUCUGUGUUUCAGUAUAUUAGAAUAUAAUUUACAACAUGACUUAGUGUUUCUUCUGUAAAUGCUAUACUAAAACAUCUCCUAAAGGUUGUUUAUAUAAGACAAGACUAGAGUUGUGUGGCAACAGGGUUUUUUUUUUAUAAUAAGACUUUAAAAAUAAUUGCUGGGUUUGAAACUGAUUUAUAAUCUGUAAUAAUUCAGAUCUAAAUCUGAUUUCUUUAAUAGCAUCUAACAUUGGCCACCUUGAAGCAACAAGGGAAGAUGCACUUCAUUUAUGGUAUAUUCAUUAGGUUCAGUGUGGGAUGUGUAUCUACAGUAGAGUUUCUGUUACAAAAUCACUCUAAGAAGCAAGUGGUAGAUUUCAUUUUAAAAAUCAACUGUAGAAUUUCUUAGUCUUUCUCUUAGUUGUAUAUUCAAGAUUGACAUGUUGUGAUUCAGUAGUCCUAGAGUUGGAAACUCAUUACUCAAUGUAAAGUUUUACUUAUUAAUGGUUACUGUUAAAGAAAUCCAUAAACUAUAAUUAUUAUCAUAUAAUUGACAGCUGUUCAAGUAUAACAGCAUACCACCAUGAUGUCAGUUGCCACACAGUACACAUCUUACCUAGUCACAUGUAAUAUUGUAAAACCAAAAUGACAGCAACCAUGAGAAUGUGGGAAAACAAAUGUAAUAAUAAUAACAGCAAAGUAAAUUACUGCCACAAUGUAAAGUGAAGAGGGAGACUUCAGGUUUAGUAAGUUUAGCCUCGGUUUCAGAUAAUCUGGCAACAGAGAAACAAAACUUGUAAUUGGAAUUAAUUCUGCAGUGGUUGAGCUGCUAAUUAAAAGCUUUAGCUUCCUGUUUAAAAAUACAAUGUAACUGUUGUUUCCAGCUUGAAAAUGCUGCAUAGUCAUGGUUCUUAUACUUGAGAUCAGGCAAGGUUCAGAAUUUGCUAUGAACAUGCUCGUCAGACAAAUGCCGUCAAGCCCCUAAGGCCAUUUUCAGAGUAUGAACUAUCAGUUGAAUUUCACCUACAAGAUUCUUCAGUAUUCAUUUUAAUAUUGAUGCCCAUUCACCAAACCCAUUGUCUAGCUUUAAAAUGCUUUCCUACCAAAGAUGAUUGAUUUAUUGGUAGAGUCUGCAUGGUGUGUUGUGUGCUGGAGAUCACCUUUGAGCAGUUGUGAUUUGGAGGACUUUUAACUACUAUGUGUGCCAACAUACGAGGAAUUAGAGAAUCCUUAAAGUAGACUGACUAAAGUUUGAAAGUGUUUGAAAAUGCAAGUGUGCUUAUGAAAUUCCUGUUAGGUGGUGGCCUGAUAACAGAAAUUAGAGCUCUUAAAGGUAACUGUUUACAUAGUUUUUACCUCAAAUACUGUAUGAAGUCAAUUACCCUUAGCAGCAGAGGUUAUUGCUACUUAAUGAGGUUUUAACAGUUAACUAAAUUUAAGGACCCAAGUACACUUUCCAGCCUGGAUUAUGAAGGUUUAAACAAUGUAUUCAUUAUUGAGAAGAAAUACAAUUGAUUGUGUUUUACUAGUUAAAGCAGAUUGUGUUAGUCUAUUAUUGUGACAUGUUUUUGAGGAUCAGACCACAUUUUUAUGAGUAAUUCAUGUGACGAAAUCCAGGUAGUUCACAAACUUUUCUUGCAAAGGUAAAUAAUUUUAAAAAAUUAUCGUUGUCUUUGAUGAAUUCGAUUUUUGUGGCUAUUACUGUCCCAAAGCCCUAUUUACUGUGUAUUAGCAGACAGAUUUGAUAAAACAAGUAGAAAUUUAUGCAGUCUCCAAGUGUUUCUUUACAUCAUUUAGCUAAGAAGUAUUGCUUGGUUGUGCUAAAAAGUGAUGUUAAGAGUAUCUACUUUUAGACCAAAGUGUGGUAGUUGUGUCCUUCCAGUGUUCUCCACAUCAAUGGGUACAGCACUAAUGCACUGAAAGAGUGUAGUGUUUGCUAUAAUUUAUCGAUUAGUAAUUAUUAAAAUAUAUUAUGUAAACAUGUUUGACAGUUUCAGGAACUUAUAUGAACAAAGAUCAAUUUAAAUCAUGUAAUAUGUCAUUGGUGGUAAUUCAUUUUGCACCUUCCCUGAAAAGCAACUUAAAAAAAUUAUUAUAUCUGUGGCCUUCUUUCAAACUGACUAGAGAGCGGUGUAAACAAGUUCCAGACAUUUUAGCAGAAAAUUAGGUAAACUCAUAGUAGUUUUGACAGAACAAUCAUAUUAUACUUGAUUGAAGUGUGAGCUAAGCCCCUAAAGUGACUAGUUUUAACAGCAUAGCUCAAAAUUCAAUCUGCAGUUAUUGACUACCACAGUUUAAAUGUUGUAAUGUGUUUUUGAGUUCCUCAGGACCGUUGGAUAUAAAAAACAUGUUUAGAAGAUAGAUAAAUGGCAAUUUCCAGGUUUCUUUUUGACACUGUGUUCAUUUCAAACACAUUUAUGUCCAAUCACACAUGGCAUGCAGGAACAAUUUACCAACUUAUUUAACAAUUCUGUAGUUGACGAAAAACAGAUUUAAUGACAAGUUCAUUCAUUGUGAAAACUGUAGAGAUUUUGAACUGAGGCUACAAUUGUAAGAACUGUGAAACAAGAGCCUUGUAUAUUUGACAUUGUAGAUGCAUAAACAGUAGAAAGUAUGAUAUAUACUUAUGCCUUGGCUAAUUUUUAAUUUAUUAUUUACAACAAAAUGUAUUAUAAAAUAUUUUAAUAAAAUUUAAAAUGCUGUAAUUAUCAAUUUAUUGUAUUAAAAGUAUUUUUUCAUUUUCUCUUAUGAGAAUGUUGCAUUGGUAUUUUGAGUUUUAACUAUAUCAUUCAAAGAAUUUACAGCAUUUAACACUAUCAUUUUAGCAGUCCACCAGUUUAAAAACUUAAGAUUUUGUUUUGUUGCAUUGAUUAAUCUUUUAUCACAUUGUUAAUGCAAUACAGAUGUAAAGUUUCAUGUUCCAUUUAAUGAGCAAAAAUUUGUAACGGAGCAUUUUCUGUUUUUAUUUACUACUGAGAGGCCUGAAAAGCACCUUAUUCUAACCAUAGAUAUCUAAUUGCUGGUGAUAUUAUUGUAAUUUAAGAAAAAGCUUUAGUAAUUUUCUCAUUUUGCAAUGUCUGAAAAUAUUUUAUUAUUAUCAUUUUAUAUUAGACUUUUUAGAAGCAACAUACAUAGACAUACAAAAAUAUUUAAUUAUACUGUACUUGUUUGAUUGCAUAAACACAAAAACAGUAUAUACUUUACAGUAAUAGAAGAUAUUAAGCUAAUGCAGGAAUGGAUGUACAGUAUAUUAACCAAUGAAGUUGACUAGACAAAAGAUAAAAUCUUUAAUUCAUACUGUCUGCAAU